AUGGCAUCGUCACUCAGGACCUUUACAUCGUCUCUUAGGCUGGCCUUGCCUCUGGCUAGACCAACUUCCGCCCGAUCCGGGUUCCGUCCGAUCCCGAGCGGACCAUCGAGUAGCCGAUGGGCGAGCACCAGUGCCGAUGUCAACAAUCACGGGCCUUAUCUGACGUUGGGAGAGCUCGCGAACAACAAGGGUGCCACAAAGACUCACGUUCGAUUAGGACGAGGAUGGUCAUCCACGAAAGGUGGAACUUCAGGACGGGGACACAAGGGUCAGAAGGCUAGAGCGGGUAAUGGAAAGCCAAAGGCCGGCUUCGAAGGAGGUCAGACUCCUAUCACUCGAUUAUUCCCCAAGCGAGGCUUCAACAACUUUACUUCGAAAAAGUACGCACCGGUCAAUUUGUCAGCUCUGCAGGCUUGGGUGGCUUCGGGCCGACUUGAUGCAUCACAAGCGAUCGAUGUGGGGUUGAUCUUUAGGAGCAACUUGGUUCACGGGAUCAAGGGCUGGAGCGGUGUCAAGCUGUUGGGAGAAGUCGACCCCGCAUUGCCGCUACCACCUCUGAACCUUCGCCUUUCGCGAUACUCCAAGUCGGCCGCAAAGGCAAUCAAGGACGCAGGUGGAGAAGUAACAGCAGUCUACCAUAAUCCUUUGGCGUUGCGACAGGCGGCUCAUCCGGAGAAGUUCGUCGGUCGAGAGGUCAAAGAGGCCAAGCCAGUCAGAAAGACGGAUAUCUUAUACUAUUCUAACCCGGCCAAGCAUGGAUACUUGGCCAAGGACCCCUCCAUCGUUGAAGCGCAGUCCAGUUCAGCAUGA